AUGCCCGAAGCGGCAGGGGGGAUGCGGGAUGCGGAAUCGGGCAGGCGGUGGGACGGGCGCCGUUUCCGGCCCCCCGCUCACGGUGCUACGCAGAAAGCAAGUAUCUCUCCGAGCGACUCAUCGCCCACGCCGCACAGAAAUUCAGUCCUCGACAGCUCUAGUUCAGACCACCCCGAACCAAAGAAGCCCGCGACUGGUACUACUGAUACUGCUACUCGGAGCAAGUGUGAACCACUCAUCUGGAAGACUGGCUGCGCAGACAAAACGAGUGCCAAGUUGAGAGCUGCUGAGAUGAUUGAUGGGGAGAUGAUGGGACGGUGGACACAGCAAUGUUUCUGCGUCCGGAAUGUCUCUUUAAAGAUGAUCUGUUUCUCCCUGGAAACCACAACUUCGCCUUCUUCUCGCCCCAUCCCACUCGACCGUUGUCACGGGGGGUUUAUUGACUUUUCCUCUGACACAGAUCUGCUUUGACGAGAAUCGCAGGGCCAGAUUUCUGCAGUCAUUCUCGUCAGAUUAGAGCCGCUACGAGAGAACGAGCUAGAGAUUCAGGCCGGGUUUGUUGAGGUACCUGUGUUUGACACUGAGUCUGGAGAGACACGCAAGCGCGAUCAAAGAAUGGUAUCGGUUACAUAUACCGUUCAGCUAAAAAGGUGUCAAGACAGUCAUUUUCUAGCCAAUACAGGAUUAUAUUGGUCUACAAUAGCUUGACAAGAUAGGACGGCAGUUACACAACUUUACCACCCUUGCUUUCUCUCAGCCAUUGCCAUUAUUAUUUUAGGAAUCGCAAACAGCUUUAUCAGAUGGUUGUUUAAAGAAUCAGAUCAUCCAUUUCUUUUAUUGAUCAUCUCACCUAUAUCCAAUUGCCGGAUAACCCCAAAAUUCCUAUAUGUAAUAUAGCUAGGCAAGCUUGC